AUGGCCACCUUCACCAUAGCCUCCUGCGCAGGCGACGACCUGGCCGCAGUUGCCGCAGCCUGCCCUACCUCCUCCACCGCCGGCGUACCAGCUUCCAUGACCGACGCCAGAAAAACAGAAUCCUGUUGUGCAAAGAGGGAGCAACAAAAUGAAGCAGGCAAUUGUGGGCCUAUCUGCUUCUCACAUCCGGCCCUCCCCGACGACCUCCUCCGCAAUGUGGUCUCGCGCCUCACCGUCAAGGACGCCGCCCGUACCGCCGCGCUCUCCUCCCGCUGGAACGGCCUCUGGACCUCCACCCCGCUCAUCCUCGAAGACCGCUACCUCCUCGCCCAGCCCCCGUCGGGCGACCGGAGCGCCCUUCCCGCCGCCGUCUCUCGCGUCCUCGCCUCCCACCCGGGCCCCUUCCGCUGGGUCAGUCUCUCCCGCAGCUUCAUGGUCAACCAGCAAGAAGCGCUCGCCAACUGGCUCCGCCUCUUCGCCGACAAGGGCGUGGAGACCCUCGUGCUCGUCAACCGCCCCUGGCCCCUCGGCGUGGCCCUGCCGGAGUCCAUCCUCCGCUGCUCCUCGCUCCGCCGCCUCUACCUCGGGGUCUGGCUCUUCCCGGACACUUCUCGCCCCACCGCUCCCCCACGCGGCCCCGGCGUCUUCCCCCGCCUCCAGGAGCUGGGCAUCUGCCACACCAUGAUGCGGGAGCGCGACAUCGAGUACCUGCUAGCCUGCAGCCCCGAGCUCAAGAUCUUCGCGCUCAUCCUCAGCUACGGCUUCCCCGAGCGCGUCCCAAUAACUAGCAACAGCCUCUGCUGCCUGCUGCUCUGGUUCACCAUUGUGGAUGAGGUCGACAUCGUGGCAGCCCCAUUACUGCAGCGCCUCAUCCUCUUCUGGCUUCACAGGGGGGGCACCACCAGGGUCAAGAUCGGAUAUGCUCCUAAGCUCACCGUGCUAGGCUACUUGGAUACGGCCAACCACGUGCUUCAGAUCGGCAACACCACCAUCAAGGCUGGGGUAACAAAUGUGAUCCCAAAUGCUGUGGUUCCAAGUGUGAAGGUGCUAGCUUUGAAUGUGGAUUUCAGAGUAGCCGACGAAGUGAAGACCUUGCUCACUUUCUUGAGAUGCUUUCCCCAAGUGGAGACGCUGCACAUUAAGGUCUCCCACAAUGAUGAUGAGAGCGAAGAUGAGGAGCAAGACUACAAGGACACUGCUGGCAACCUUACUUCCACCUUCUGGGAGGAGGUUGGUCCGAUCGAGUGCGUGGAGUCGCGAGUGAAGAAGGUGGUGAUUGAUCAGUUCAGCAUGGGGGACAACGAGAUUGAAUUCCUCAUGCUUUGCAAACUGAGAGCAAAGGUGAUGCACAAGGUGGUGCUGGUGCUGCCAGUCGAGUUAAGUCCGAAUGCGCUGACUGAAAACAUUUGGAAGCUGUUGCCCCUGGGUGCCGCAAAUUGUGCCAGUGGGAGUUGCGAGUUUGCAUUGCAUACUCGUCCAAGAUUUACUUGUGACUACCGCGGAGCGUCUGAUCUUUCUCUGAGUGACCCAUUUCCGGAAGGCAUUGUGCUGAACUGCUGAUAGAUCACGAGCGGGCAUUGCGCCGUUGAUCAUGUUGGAUGUUUGUCGGAAGAACUUGCUAGUUGCUAGGAGUGCUAUGCAGAAGACCUGCGUGACCUGUUUAUGUUCGUUGUUACGCAUUCUGUGCGAUA